UCCAAGAGCCCAGCAGUGCUUGGACACAGCCUCAGUCCUCGAAGCAAGAGUCACAGCACGAGGACUACGGUGCAACUGUGGCAAGACCUGGUGAGGAGAGGACACAAAGAAGGAGAUAUGGCACCAGCCAGAACAGGAUUCUGCCCUCUGCUGCUGCUGCUAUUGCUGCUGCUGCUGGGGCUGUGGGUGGCCGAGAUCCCAGUCAGUGCCAAGCCCAGUCACAUGACUUCAUCCCAGUGGUUUGAAACUCAGCACGUGCAGCCCCGCCCUCGAGCAUGCAACUCAGCAAUGGGCAACAUCAACAAGCACAAAAAACAUUGCAAAGACCGCAACACCUUCCUGCAUGAAUCCUUCUCCAGUGUGGCUGCCAACUGCCAGACCCCCAAAAUGACCUGCAAGAAUGGCCGUAAGAACUGCCACCAGAGCCGUGGGUCCGUGUCCCUGACCUUGUGUGACCACACCUCAGGGAAGUAUCCCAACUGCAGGUACAAAGAGAAGCACCUGAACAAGUCUUACAUAGUGGCCUGUGACCCUCCCCAGAAAAGGGACUCCCAGCCAUUCCCGCUGGUUCCUGUGCACUUGGAAAAAAUCCUUUAGGUUUCCAGACUGCCUCACUCUUUGGCUGAGGCUGAAUUCCUUCUGUAGGCCUCUGCACUACUUCUCUCCUCCUCCACUCAGAGCACUGACUUCUCCUCAUCUCUUGGGAC